AUGCUCGGUUUAACUGUCCUUUAUAGUGCGUCUGCUCAAGAUAUGGGGCUGGUUUCCAAACAAGCCAUGAGCUUUGGUAUCGGUUUUCUCGUCAUGUGUGGUUUAGCCCAAAUUCCCCCUAAAGUUUAUCAAGCUUUUGCCCCCUACUUUUAUCUCUUCGGACUGGUCUGCUUAGUCGCUGUGAAAGUCUUUGGUGAGGUUCGCAUGGGUGCUCAACGCUGGAUAGGGAUUCCUGGUUUUGGCAGUGUGCAACCCAAACAACCCGAUUUAGGCACAUCAUUGCUCAUCUUAGCCAGUGGGAUUUUUGUGCUAUUUCUGAGUGAAGCCGAUGCCUUAGGCACAGGCUGGAACAUCAUUCAGUCUAAAACAGCGAUUGGUUCGGGUGGCUUUAUGGGUAAAGAACCUUUCAAAUGA